AUGCGGCCGGUUCUUGUAGCUGAUCUUGUCGCGGCUAUCAUAUUGCCUCAAGUGGCUCAGGCCGCAUCGGGCAAUGGAAAGUCCACUAGGUAUUGGGACUGUUGCAAGCCAUCUUGUGCUUGGCCUGAGAAAGCCUCUGUCAACCAGCCUGCCCUCACUUGUGAUAAGAACGACACUCCCUUGAGCCCCAGCGUUAAAAGUGGCUGCGAGAGCGGAGGCUCAGCCUAUACUUGCACCAACCAGAUACCUUGGGCUAUCAAUGACUUGGUCUCAUUUGGAUUUGCAGCAACAGCAAUUAGCGGCGGUACUGAGGCCUCAUGGUGCUGUGGUUGCUACGCCAUCACGUUUACCUCGGGCAAGAACAAAGGCAAAAUCAUGGUGGUGCAGUCGACCAAUACAGGUAUAAACUCCAUGCUGCUUGCUCGUCACUUCUUGAUAGCCCCUAUUGACGCAAUGAGGCGGUGA